AUGUCAACUUCCCACGCUCCACCAGUACCAACAGAACGACCAGAAAAUCACCUUCGACCAAGCACUCCGUGUCCGACUGCAGAAUCCCAAAUCCUCGAUCUCAUCGCCGCCUCCUCUGAAAACCACUCAGUACCCGUGUCAGCCGCACACCUGCUCUCCCUCUACGACUCGCUCGGUCCGCUCACGCCCUCGGAGCUCAUCGGCGAAUGGUCCGCCAGCAGUUUCAACACGGGCCACCCCGCGCAUCCGUGGCUAAAGUCGAUAAACUGGGUCGGCAUCAGGUUCUGGAGCGUCGACGACGUCGAGCCGAUUGUUGUGGCCGUCACAACGGAGAAUAAAAAUCAAAAUAAUGGUGUGUCGGAAAAGGUCUGGAGUAGGAAGAAGUGGAUGGAGGAGUUUGGAAACGGGCAGGUCAUUGAAGCGAAAUUCAGAGACGUCGUUUCUGCCACCAUGGUUUGCGAUGACCAUCCCAUACUGAACUACUACCGAAAAGUGUCCGACACUGUCGUGCUCGGCGUCAUGGUUGCCAAGAUGUUUCACGGCUCCGGACUAUUUCUCUUUUACCUCACGAGGUAG